CAACGCCCCCUCCCCCUUUCAGCCGGUUUGCAGUCAGCCGCGCGCGGAUUCAGUCAAGCUGUCCUAGCGAGAGGAGGUGUUGACCGACCGCAGCAGGUUUUCCAAAGGAAACCUGAAAAUCUAAGUUCCACGGCAGAGGACAGUAACGCCGAGCAGUAAUUUUUUAACCGACGGUUCAGCGGUGUUGGAUUUAAGGCGACGCGGCCGAGGAUACAAAGUAAACCCCGGAGGGAGAGCGUCCGAAGUGAGCCCGAGGAUCACAGCUAAUGCUAACCUAGCCAGCCUUGGCUAAAUAAUUACACGGAAGCUGGUGUAAUUUUUAAUUGUCGCUUGCUUUGGCGUAGCCUGUGUGGUUGUAGAGUAGAUAGCGUGGGGUAAUUUGUUAAGUUAUGUGUUCGAUUUAGUUAUAUUAUCGAGGUGUUUUUGCUUUUACAUGUUAGGCCACACGCGACUGGUGUUCACCUAGCAAGAUUAGCCACAAUAGCCGGGGAGGUUACACCGGCUCUGCGCUUCUUAGGGCAGCUGAUAACUGCUAAAGAUAGUUCGCUUUCAAAGCUACUUCACAUAGGAGGUAUCGGUGUUUUUAAGUGAGCUUACACUUGAUACUGUCUAAGCCUUGUGCUUCGCAAUGCUGAAACAACAGCAACCCGGAUCCGGCGGGAGAAAGGCGUCUAACGGGACAUCGGGCCCUGCCGGUAUGUCUUCUCCAGUCAGCGGGAUCAACAACGCCAACAGGGCACCGGCUGGAAGGAAUCGAUCUUCUGCAAAGCCAUCAUUCCAGUCAUCUCCUGUGUUUGAGGGUGUCUAUAACAAUGCCAGAAUGCUUCAUUUCCUCACAGCUGUUGUGGGAUCCACAUGUGACAUAAAAGUGAAGAAUGGCAGUGCAUUUGAGGGCAUAUUUAAGACUCUCAGUUCUAAGUGCGAGUUGGCUGUGGAUGCUGUACACAAACGCAAUGAGGAGGAAGGCUCAACAUCAGCUCCGCCACGGAGGGAGGACAUCACCGACACCAUGAUCUUCAGCCCCUCAGACCUGGUCACGAUGAUCUGCAGAGACGUCGACCUCAAUUACGCCACCAGAGACACCUUCACAGACACAGCCAUCAGCUCCAGCCGCAUCAAUGGAGAACAUAAAGAGAAGGUUUUGCAGAGAUGGGACGGAGGUGACAGCAACGGAGAGAGUUACGAUUUGGAAACUGAUACAUCUAACGGCUGGGAUGCCAACGAGAUGUUUCGUUACAAUGAAGUCAAAUAUGGUGUCACAUCAACGUAUGAUUCCAGCCUCUCAAUGUACACUGUACCGCUGGAGAGGGGCAACUCUGAGAACUAUCGGCAGAGGGAGGCACGCGCUGCCCGCCUGGCCCAAGAGAUUGAGUCGAGCCCCCAGUACCGCAGUCGCGUCAACCUGGAAAAUGAUGAGGGCAGAACCGAGGAGGACAAGUUCAGCGCCGUGGCGCGGGACGGCAACGAUCGAGAGAGGGGCCGUGAGAGCCCACGUGACAAAGAGCGGGAAAGGGGUAGAGACAGUCCAGGAGCCAGCAACAGGGAGGGCAAGUACAUUCCAUUACCUCAGCGUCAAAGAGAGAUGAACCGGGAACGAGCUGAAAGAGGCUCUGGCGGGCCUCCAUCUCACAAUCGCCUGAGUGGAGGUUACCGCUCCAACCCUCCAUCUUCCUCGUCCCCAAAACCACCCCUGCCCUCUGCAGCUGGGCCCCAGCCCGGUGUCACCCCCUCAGAGAGAAGUAGCCCUCUGUCGGGUCGUGUCGGUGCCUACGCCCCUCACCACCCACAAGGAAACGCCAGCCCGAGUCCAGGCUCCGGCCCAGCCAGCCCCUACACGCCUGCUUCACCUGGCGGCCCAUCAUCCAGUUCAGCUUCCGCUUCAACUGUCCCGUCCCCAGCCAGCCCGCCCGCUCCACACGGACACACGGUUCCUCAUUCCCACUCACUCCCGCACUCGCUGUCCGACGCUAGCAGACCAGUUAAUGGAGUUGCUGCAAGGACCUCUCCUAAAGCCCAAAGACCUCCACAGUCAAGCCGGACAAGCCGCACUCAGAACUCUCACGCUCAGUCCACAGCUACUCGUUCCCCUAAAUCAGGCUCUUCCCAGGACACACCUUACUUGGACACAUCUUCUGUCUCGCUGCCUGCUCAGAAGACAUCAGGCCCCGCCCCUCUCUUCCCUGUAGAUGUGAAUGAGAUCCUCGGUGUAGCUGCAAAGGAACGCUCCGGCGAGAGCCCGAGCACAACAGAGGAAAGCAAGACGAGUAAAGCGCCGUCGGUUCAGCAGAGGUCCCACAUUGAGGAGCUGCGAAAAUUUGGCAAAGAGUUCAGGCUCCCACCCAGCGGAGCUAACUCCAGCUCUCCCAGUUCUCCUGCAGCAGGGACAACCCCUCCUGCUGUAAGCGAGGUCAGCCAGCCCAGCGCAGCCAACCCCGCGCCAUCAGACGCUCAUCCUCCAUCAGAGUCUAAACCUCAGCCUGCAGCUCCCAGUCCUUCCCAGACCCAGCCUUUGCCAGCCGUCUCCGAGGACCCCUCCAAGGACACUGCAGCUACACUGGGCACCACAACAGCUGCCGCCACGGCACCCCUCUCAGACAGGCAGUCCCCAGCCACCCCUCAGCCUGCCAGGACCCCAGGAAGUGAGGAGGUCAGGUCCGAGGCAGCGGAGAGGACAGAAGGCGUAGCAGACCAAGUAAAGAAAUCAACCUUAAACCCAAAUGCUAAAGAGUUCAAUCCUAUCAAACCUCAGAUGCCUAUGACGAAGCCCAACACUGCGCCCACCCCACCUCGGCCAACUCCUCAGAGCCCCGUGGUGCUGCAGCAUCCAGGAGGACAGGGGCCGCUCUACAACCCCCAACCCUACCUCUCCUCCUACAUCUCACAGAUCCACUCUGUGCCGCCCCCACAAAUGUAUCAGUACACCAUGUCUACAGUGGGCCAGGGAAAAUACCCCAGAGCAAAAGGCUCGAUUGUGGCUCAGCGCUCUGACCAUGGUUCUUCAGCACCCCCCAUGCUGCAAGCUGCAUCAGCUGCUGGGGCCCCGCUGGUAGCGUCCCCUUACCCCCAGUCCUACCUUCAGUACAACCCUCAGCAGUAUGGCCAGCAGCAGGUCAUCCAGGCCAUGACACCCUACCCUGGACAGCCCAUGUACUCAAUGCUGCAAGGUGGAGCCAGGAUGAUAGGUCAAGGUGGGGGUCCCCACCCACAAGCCCUCGGUCCACCAGGAGGGCCCCAGUUCUCUGCACAGGGAGAUGGACCUCAAGGCCCACAGCAGGGCAUCUACGCUCCACAGUCAUUCUCCCAUCACACAGGCGCAGUUCAUCAGCCUCAGCCCUCCAGUACACCAACAGGCAAUCAGCCCCCACCCCAGCACACUGCACCUAGCCCUGGACAGAACGCCCAGUCGGGCCCACAGCCCCAGUCCUUGUACCACUCAGGCCCCUUGUCGGCACCCACCCCACCCAACAUGCCGCCUGGCCACACGUCUCCACAGGGUUCUUACUCCAUUCCGGGGUACAGCAUCCAUGGUCACCAGGGCAUCCCACCCACCUACCCCCUUGGACAGAUAGCACAGGCUCAUGUUCAAGGAGCCAUUUCGGGUCCCCACCAUUCGGGGAGCCAUGGUCAGCCCCAAAUAGUAAUGUUGCAGCCUCAGCAGGGCCCUGGUGCAGUGCCCCAGCACCCCCAACACGGACCUCAGCAAGGAGCACACCAACACUUCUACAUCCAGCAAGCGAUGCAGGUCCAGCCACACCCCGCUUCCUUCCAUCCGCCUGGAAACUAAAGCCUCUCUGCAACCUCCCAGAUUGUUCUCCCCCUCUCCCAAUCCCCGUCUGCUGGAUGAGAGGCCCAGAGUGAACGCGACUCAUUUAAAACAAAGAAACUGACAGGAUCACACGGAGCAGAGAAGAAAUCAGAAACCUCGCAGCACCUUACGCUUCUUCAGUACAAACCUCUGUGUCCGUGCGGCACUAGGAGGAGCUUUUUAAUGCUAACGAUGAAGGUGACAGGACGGCAGCAGCGCCUGAUCCCUGGUGCUGUCCCGCUCUUCUCCUCGACUUUUUAUUUACCCUAUUCAGAGACACGAGGCACCUUACUGGGAGGACCAGGCGCGGAGGGAAAACAGCAGCAGACUCUUUAUCUUCCAGAAUUGUUUUUUAGCCUUGUACUACGACACAUAUGAGAAACGGACUGUUUCUCAUGAAUACAGGAAAGGAGGGAUUUGAAGACAUGAGGACUUUUAGCAAAUUUUUUUUAAACUCU